AAGAUGGACAAGUUAGCCUUCUGCUUAUCUGUUCAUGGACUGAAGAAUAAGCUCUAUGAAUAUUUAUAGCGCAAUGGUCAACGUUGCUCUAUUAUUGUUUUGUCCAUAUAAGCUCUGGAACAGUGGUGAGUCAUAUAAUUUCCUUUCAGUCUUGCUUCUUUCCAAGGCUCUCUGUAACUCUAUCGCUAGCACCAUCUAAGCUUCCUCGAAAAAUCUUGCCUUUUUCCCACAUAUGAACGAUGUCCUUUGCAAAUAUCAAGAUGAAAAUGUGGAUGUUUAGUAACUGAUCUUCCCCUUCCAACCCCUCAAUCUUUUUUCUCUCAUACGUAAUGGAAGUUAUGACAUACACCAUCAACGGAAAACAGAGCAACAAAGCAGGUUUCCAAAUCUUCACUCUCCAAAAAUUAUCAUUUUGGUUCGCUCCCACAACUCGUCCCCCCGGUUUUCGUCUUCUGCUCCGGAAUUAAUAUCAAUAGAAGAUCUGUGACUAUGGUUUACUGCUCUUAUAAUUCGGUCUCUUCAUCUGGGUCUGAUGUCUCGAGGCUGUUCGAUCCAACUUCGCAUAAAAUUGUUGACUCUAAUGGGGUUUCGCAGAGUAGGGUGGUGUCACCGAAUUCGUUGGUCUUGAAUAGUCAGAAGGGGCAUCCAAUUAAUUCCCCUAUGAAGAUAGGAAAGAAAGAGGCAUCGGAGGCAAAAGCUUUGGCUGCUAUGAAGAACCACAGUGAAGCAGAGAGAAGAAGAAGGGAGAGAAUAAAUGGUCAUCUCGAUGCACUUCGUGGUCUUGUGCCCAGCAAUGUGAAGAUGGAUAAAGCAACGUUAUUGGGUGAAGUUAUCAACCAAGUUAAGUUACUGAAGAAGAAUGCAAUGGAAGCAAGCAGAGGUUUUCUCAUCCCAAUGGAUGAUGAUGAAGUUAAAGUUGAACCAUACAACGAUGAAGGAAGAGGAGGAUCAAUGUUUUACAUGGCAUCUAUAUGUUGUGAUUACCGGCCGGAGCUACUAUCUGACCUAAGACAAGCUCUUGAUGGGCUUCAACUGCAAUUAAUGAGGGCAGAAAUAUCAACUUUGGGAGGAAGGGUGAAGAAUGUAUUUUUCUUUAGGUGCUGCAAAACAGAACAUAUUAAUAUUGGGGCAUGCCAACUUGUUCCAAGUACUGUCCACCAGGUACUAAGUUCUGUACUGGAGAAGGCUUCUAGCUCACUGGAACACUCCUUGGGAAUGUCACUUCGAAGUAAGCGUAGAAGACUUUGCUUCAUUGAAACAUCAACUUCCUCAUGAACUGUACAUAAAAAUAAUACUUAUUUCUCUUCUUUUUCUUGGCUAUGGGGGAAGUUGGAUUCUUCUCCGUUUGUUGUUUUUGGCUCUGAAGGAAAAAUAUAACGUUAGAAUCAUGUGGAAUGUGCUGCUCAUGCUGCUUAUGGUCUCCUCUUUCCAUUUGAUCUCUGGCAGUGAAAAUGUGUACUGGUUGGAACAUUAAAUCUAAUCUGCACUGGAAGUCUUGGUUUCCUGUCUUAUACAUGGAAUGGAUCCUGAGUAGUGGAUCAUUGUCAGCAUUAAUAACUAAUGGGAAUUAUUAUUUGUUUUGUAAGUUAUUUGUGUGAGAAAUAUGCGUGAAUGUAUUUGCACAUUACUUACAGUUUAAAGCUUGAAGAAAUUGAAUUUGCACGUCCUUAAGCCGCUUAA